AUGAAAGGACAGAGAGGAGAGCAGAACAAACUCCUAACAGGAGGAGACUCACUCAUGGCCUAUGAGACAGAGGAUCAGGAGACUCAAUACUGCUUUCCUCACAUCAACUCAUCAUGUGUCAAAGGGAAACGCUAUAGACAUGGUUAUAUCACAUAUGUGUUUGUGUCAUUGCUGUCAGCAUGGACUGUGUUUCUCAACCUGCUGGUGAUCAUCUCCAUCUCUCACUUCAAGAAGCUUCACACUCCAACCAACAUGAUUAUUCUCUCUCUGGCUGUAAAUGAUCUGUUUGUUGGACUCGUCAUGCCUAUAGAGGCCAUCAGACUGAUUGAGACGUGCUGGUAUUUUGUUGAUAUUUUCUGUGCAAUAUAUAUAUUAUUUAUUUCAUUUCUGGUCUCAGCAUCUCUUAGUAAUUUAGUUUUACUUUCUGUUGAUCGUUAUGUGGCUGUGUGUCACCCUUUACUGUACCCACAGAAAAUAACCAUCACUAAAACAUUAAUGAGCAUCUGUCUGAACUGGGCUUGCUUCUCAGCUUAUAUCACUGCCUUUGUAGUUAAUAAUGGAUAUUUUGACACUUCACACAGAACAGAUGUGUGUUAUGGAAAGUGUUCGGUCAUGAUGAGUUUUACUUGGACAAUCAUUGAUCUGUUUGUAUCUUUUAUUUUUCCUUGUGUCCUGGUUAUCACUUUAUAUCUGAGGAUUUUCUAUGUAGUUCAUCAGCAAGUGAAGGUUAUAAACUCUCUGAUGAAGGGUGGUAAAUGUGUAACGGAGGGUUCAGUGAAGAGGAAAUCUGAGAGUAAAGCUGCUCUGACUUUGGGAAUCAUUGUGACAGCUUACAUGCUUUGCUGGAUUCCUUACUGUAUCUGUUCUCUAACCGUAAUCUCUUCCACAACUAUUAAUGUUUUGUUAUUGCUUGUAUAUGCUAAUUCAGGUAUGAAUCCUCUGGUUUAUGCUUUAUUUUACCCCUGGUUUAAAAAGACAGCUAAACUCAUCUUAACUCUGAAAAUAUUCACUCAGCAUCCUCUCUGA